GUAAAUUAAUAAUUUUUAAAAAGUUUUAAUACUUAAAAGCAUCGAAGAAGAUUCGCAUUAAAAAUAAAUAGAACGUGUCGUUAAUAUCGAAACAAGUCGGAAACAUUUACAAACAUACAAAGGGAUUAGCGAUCAGUCUUAAAAGAGUGAAUGACAGGAAAAAAAUAUCCCUGCAGUUGAUUUUAAUCCCGGCUCAGACAUAAAUUGCGGUCCGGGAAUUACCCGAGUAUGAAUAACGUGAAAGGGCUAGUUUUAAACUAUAAAGGACGACAAUCGUCAAAUACGGGCAGCAGGUCGUUGUCCAUUUCAAUAUGAAGUCGGUGAGUUUGCUAACGUUGUUGAUCAAAUUUGUCGUGGGUGAAGACUUUCCACCUUUGGAUUGCAUUGACGCAUAUCGAACGCUUAGAUGUGUCUGGCCCCAAAACUGCCUUGAACACCAAAUAAUAGCCGAGAAGGGCUGCCCAUCCGGUCGGAUAUGCUGCAAGAAGUACAAGUCAAAUAUUUAUCUCCCUUUACGAGAAGUCCCAAAGUUUUUUACACAGAAACCUUUCAACCGACCUUCACCGUAUUCGAGAGAAAUUGCCGCACAACCCAGCAUCCCAACUAAGAAACCCAUUACACAAAAACCAAUUGCAAAAGAUCCAACAAAUGAUGACAUCCUUGUAUUUCCUGAUGACGAUUACUCUGCUUACAAUGAAGACAUCAAAAAACCAAAAAUUGAUGAACAAAUCGAAAGAUAUUUUGUGUUCAACACAAAUAGGAUGAUGACAACAAAGGCGAUACCAUCAAAAUCAAAGGAAAAAGACACAAAGAAAAUUGAAGUUUCAGAUCAAACAACAGUCUACAAUGGCAAGAGUUCCUAUUAUUGUCAGAAAUACACGCAAUUGGCUAAGAACUUGACAAAAGAGCUACCUCACUUCCCAUGGCCGAUUAAAGCUGACGAGAAAGAUAUUUGUCCACCUCGAUUUCAACCACUCGUCGUUGGAGGGAGUAGGGCAUAUAUUAGAAACUAUCCUCAUAUGGUUGCCGUUGGAUUUGACAAGAAUGAUUUCAUCGACUAUUUAUGUGGUGGGUCAUUAAUAAGUGAGGACUUUGUUUUAACAGCUGCACAUUGCACAAAUACAAGAUGGGGCCCACCAAUUGUCGCUUAUUUUGGAUCAGCAGAACUUUAUUCCGAUAAUGGUAUCGAAGCUCCAAUUGCAGAUGUAAUCCCUCAUCCAGAUUAUAAACCCACAUCCUGCUACCAUGACAUUGCUUUGUUGAAAAUCAGUACAAAAUUGACGAUGACGAUCAAAUUAAUGCCAGCCUGCUUACCCGCCCCCAAUUUAAAAAACCAAUUUAUUGGAAGGCUAGCAAUCGCUACAGGCUGGGGGAAAACUGGUUUUGGUCGAGAAUCGAGUAUGGAUUUGCUUAAGGUCGCCUUGGAAAUUCUUGACAACGAUAAAUGCAAUGAAUAUUACAAAUCCGACGCCAAAACCGAGAGGCUCCAGCAUGGCAUUACACCCACUAUGAUGUGUGCUGCCGGGCCAGAAUCGAGUUACGGCGAUACGUGCCAAGGCGAUUCGGGAGGACCACUUCAGUUGUACACAAACAGGGGCGAAUGUCUUAUGAAAAUUAUCGGCGUGACUUCCUUCGGCAAAUCUUGCGGAAUGGGCACGCCCGGGGUCUACACUAAAGUGAGCAGCUACGUUCAUUGGAUCGAAAAUAUCGUUUGGCUGUGAUUUCUCUAAAAAUAUAUAAGUUGUAUAUAAUUUUAAUAUGUAUGUUUGUACUGUGUUUUCAAAUAUUGUAGAUGUUUUAUGUAUUUUAUACCGAUUUGUAAAUACAUUUUAAAAAAUUUCACCUUAACCAUCUUUUCUACUUGUAAACUAUAUUUAUAACUUAAUAUUUGACAAAUAUAUGUAAUGUAUGUUAUAGAUUAAAUAAGAAAAAAUUAUAACUACAUUUUAUUUUAAAAAAAGACUUACCUACA